AUGAAUAUUUUACUAGCAAUUACUAUAAAAGAACGUCCGAUGUUUACAAUGAAACACACAAUUAUCUUAUUAGUUAUUUACCGAGUGACUCUAAAGAAAAAAGCCUUCUCAGGCCAGCUACCCCAUUGCAAAAGACAGGCUUUUCAGCUAUACCGUCUGGCAGCGCAAUUCAUCCUGAAAUUACAACAGACGCAGAAGCAUUCCGAGCCCAAGCGUACUAUUAGCAGCAUCGAUGUCGACAAAAUCUCAGAAAAAAGGGAGUAUAAGGAUAUUCUAAAGUCAGUUCAGGCACGCUGGACGAUAAUAGACGCCUUGCACUGGGAAAUUGACAGCGAACUAUACGAAGAUAAUGAAGAGUAUGAAGAAAUGUUCAGCAGCUAUGAGCAAAAGUUCAACAACAUGAAGAAAGUCAUCAACAGCAAGAUGUGGUCUGAUCUUUACCGGGAGUAG